AACGCGUGCGCAUUGAGAGGAAAGCAGCAACACUUUCUCCCGCAGUCUCAGUAGAGGGUUCAAUGGGUAAAUUAAAGUACUGUCUGUUGAGCUGCUGUAUCCUGGUGUGCGUGGUUUGCACCGUGGUUGUGCUCUGCGGGUGGAUCACAUGUCCCAGCGGCUGCUUCAGGCGCGCGGCCGUGUCUGCUGACUCGCAGCGCUGCUCUGACAUUGGCAGGCGCAUGCUGCAGCAGGGCGGGUCGGCAGUAGAUGGCACCAUUGCAGCUCUUCUGUGCACGUCCUUGGUCAAUCCUCAGAGCAUGGGGAUCGGAGGAGGGUCUAUAGUCACUAUAAGAAAUAAAAAAGGCAGCGUUAAGGUCUACAACUUCAGAGAGACGGUCCCGCAUUCAUUCAAAAAAGACCUGUUGAAAGACUGUCCCAAUAAAUUCGAACCUUCCACAGGUGAGCAGAGUGGAGAAUCAAUGUCAAAUCACUAAUAUUCUCCUUAUGCAGUUGUUCUUCAUAAACCCACUGAGAGAGAUGUUUUACUAAUCCACUAUCUUGCAACUUUAACAUGGUGUUUCAGGUGUCCUCUUAUAAGCCUGUUAGAAAUUAGAGGUAACACUUUAUUACCUGCACCAAGGAGGUUAUGUUUUCACCCCUGUCUGUUUGUUUGUUUGUGAGAAUGAUUAAACUACAGAAUCGAUUACUAUGAAACUUUGUGGAAGCAUGUGUCAGGGAAGAACCUAUGGAAUUUUGGUGGGGAUCCAGAUCAUAGGGCGGAUU